CCGAUCACCCAACUUCGUCGAGGAGGGAAAGGGUCGAGAGAGAGGUCAGUAGUAGCGUAGUGAGCGGCGGCGGCGGCGGAGAUGGGGAAGGGCGGCGAGCUGUGGGACGAUUCGGCGCUGGUAGACGCGUUCGACCACGCCGUCGCCACCUUCAAGGCUAUGCAUAGCAAAAACACCCAAGCAACUACAUCGGAGAAUGAGGAACCAGGAGAUCCUGCUGUUGCUGCCCCUGCUGGAGAAGAGAACAUUUCGGCUGAGGUGGCCGAUGAGCUCAUAGAGAAGGAUGGUAGCCAGACAGAACCUUGUGAAGCAUCGGAGACACCAUAUCAGACCCAUGAGGAAAGAAAGUCCACUGAGCAGGCUCCUCUUCAGGAAAAGGAUCUGGAUAAAGAGGCACAUUUUUCAGAACCUAAGAUCCAUGCCUCAGAUGUUGCUGAUGCUGAGCAAAAAGAUACCUCAAACCAGCAGACCUGGGACUACAAUGAAUUGGUAAAAAAGUACUAUGAACUUGAGGAGCAAAGCCGGAAAGUUCUUGAGCAACUCCAUCAAACAAACUACUGGAAUUACCAAGUCCCUGGUCAAUCUUCAGUGUACCAACAACCGCAAGUUCCUGCCUAUAGUGCCACAGCACCAGAUCCGCAUUCCUCAACCAUUCAAUCCCCAUGCUGUUGUGCGAAUGUACCCCUGGUAUCAGUCUCCUGCUGUUCAACUGGCCAGACGAGUGGGGUUUCUUCUUGUAUGCAACCAAGUGGUGGUUGUAGCAUAUCAUUGACUUGUGAUCAAUGCCCUGGCACAAGUGCGACAGAUUCUACUGGAGCAACCUGUGUGCAGCAGGCAGAAAAGGUGUCUACUGACAGUGAUCAAGUUGCUAAGGCUGCAAUGAUGACUGCUGAAGGUGCCAUGAAUUUCAUGAGAAGUACGAUAUCUGGAGACUUGGGCUCCUUUCCAAGAACAGACGCUGCAUCUGGAAAGGAGAGCAUGCCUAUGGGCAUGAAUCCAAAUUUUGACACCAUGGGAGCAGAUAGUGAUCUUGCUGUUGUCUUAAAUGCAUGGUACGCAGCGGGGUUUUACACUGGCAGGUACCUCAUGCAGCAGUCCAUGAAAAAUACCAGACAAGGCUGACUUCUAUUAAAAAGCCAUUUGGAGUAUCGCCAAAGAUGUCCUUUCCACUCCAGAAAAAUCAAGAGAUCUAUUGACAACUCGUGGAACUGAACAUUCCAUUAGCAUAUGUAAUGCUAUCAGUGCUUUUCUAGCAAGAGUUAUGGUACAAUUAUACAUGAAUUUGCUGUAAGGCUCUGAUUAGACAUUAAGGAGAAACGAUGGUACUGAUCAUUUUGCUAUCCAAAUCUAUCAGAUGAUCUGUAGAAACAAGCGAUCCCUGUGUGAUGGUUUUGCUAUUUGCCGCCCAAAUCUGCGUUGAAAAUGAAAUGUACAGUUUUUAGACUA